AUGGGCGUCGAAGUGGGAGCGGCGAGCACCUUGCUGUUCCUGUGGCUGGCCUGCUCACUCCAGCUCGUCACAGAUGCCACAAGCCUGCAGCGGUCCCUACAGACUUACCCCGUGGCCAGCCAGGGAUUGUCCUUCCAGUCAGCGUCCUAUGGCACAGGGCCACCCCAGCCUUCCGCCCAAGAGUACUCCGGCCUGGAUCCCUUCUGCGGCGCUCCUGACGGCCUUUUCCCCCACGACUGGGACUGUCAGCAGUUCUUCUCGUGCUCCAAUGGCCGGGGGUGUCUCAUGACGUGUCCGCGCGGCACCAUCUUCCACAGGCUGCUCAAUGUGUGCGUGUGGCCCCACCAAGCCUCGUGCGUGAAGAAGCCAGGUUCUGUGCCGUCCACCUGGCCGCCCCUGAAGAAGUGCUCCGAGAUCCAGGCAGGUGGUAGUCAAGCUCCCCCGAAGCCGCCUAAGCCACCUGUUCCCCCAGCUCCACCGAAGCCGCCUCUCCCACCCCCUACGCAGCCGCCACCGCCACCCCCCAGGCCACCGACUCCCCCUACUCCACCACCCCGACCCCCAACGACACCUCCCCCUCCCCCUCCGCCGCCACCGACAACCCCUCGUCCUACAACUGCCCCCCCGCCCACCACUAGCCGCCCGCCCACCGCUCCGCCCCCUCCGCCCUCGUCGACUGCACGACCGCCUUACCCUACUCCUUCACGCCCGUCGUCAACCUCACGACCACCUUACCCCAUCACGCUUCCCCCGCGCCCACAACCAACGACCCCCCGACCCAUUUUCCCCAUAACCCCCCACCCUUGCCCCUGCGCGACGCAGCCGCCGCACCCGAUUGAAGUCCAUCCGCCUCAGCCUGUAGGACAAGUCCCUCAGCCUAUAGGCGUGGGACGACCUCCACACCCUGUAGAUCCGGGACAACCCAUAGGUGUAAUAUGGCCUCCUUAUCCUGUAGGUGUAGAACGACCUCCUCAGCCCGUAGAUCCAGGACACCCUCAUCCUGUAGGAAAACCCCCUCAACCCGAGGGCUCAGGACGACCUCCUCUGCCUGUAGGCAUAAUAUUUCCUCAGCCUGUAGUUCCAGGACAGCUUCCUGUAGGCGUAGGAAAACCCCCUCACCCUGUAGACCCAGGACAGCCUCCUCAACCUGUAGGCGUAGGAAGACCUCCGCAACCUGCCGGUCAAGAACGACCUCCUCAUCCCAUUGAUCCAGCACGACCACCUCACCCUGUAGAGCCAGGACGACCACCUAUCGAUAUACAGUUUCCUGAGCCUGUACAUCCAGGACGACCCCCUCAUCCUGUAGAUCCAGGACAGCUUCCUCAACCUGUAGGCGUAGGAAGACCUCCUCACCCCGUGGAUCCAGGACGACCCCCCCAUCCCAUUGAUCCAGGACGACCCCCUCACCCCAUCGAUCCAGGACGACCCCCUCACCCCAUCGAUCCAGGACGACCCCCUCACCCCGUGGAUCCAGGACGACCCCCUCACCCCAUCGAUCCAGGACGACCCCCUCACCCCAUCGAUCCAGGACGACCCCCUCACCCCAUAGUCCAGCCUCCCCCAGCGCCCCCACACCCCUACCCUCCCUCCCCCGGAUGCAUCUUC